AUGACAUUGAAAUACACAGUGCAAACAGCAAACGUUAAGGUAAGCUUAGUCGAAAAUCUUGCUUUGGUUGAUGCUAAGAUAGAUGAGUUCAGAUCUUCAUUACAAACUUCCGAAAGGCAAGUUGUAGGACUCGACAUUCAGUUUGUCAAAACUUACGGGAAUUUAAAUAAAGGCAAGUUUUUGCUUCUUUGUGUUGGGAGUCAUUGCUUGAUGAUACAAUUACCGGACUCGAACGCUGUAACUAAUACCCUCAGGAAGUUUCUGUAUGAUGAGAGUAUUUGUUUUCUGGGUACUGGAAUGAGCGAGAAAGUUACAGAACUAGGCUGCCUUUAUCUUAACGAAUGUGGUGAAGAGGAAGCAAUGCCACGUGUAAAUUGUAAGACAGGUGUUGAAGUAGGCUAUUUGGCUGCUAAAAUUCUGAAGAAACCCAAUGUUGAGCAGUAUGGGUUAGUGGAGUUGGUUGGUGAAGUUGGAAAUGGAUAUAAAGGAACCAGAUAG